AUGCCUCCUCCGCUCUCCUGUUCCUAUCUCCAAUGCCACCUUCCUUUUGCUCACCUCCUCGUUCCCCGUCGCUCCCACCGUCGCCGUGAAACCCUGCCAGUGGAACCCUCCAUUGCACCGGCCACCCUCGCGAGUCGCGACACUCGGCGGCGCAGCGCAGCAGUCUGCCAGUCUCCAUCUCCUGUCGUCGCCGCCCGCCGCCUCCAACCGCCGUCGCGAGUGUCUCCCGUCAUCUCCCUCCGCCGCGAGUCGUCUCCUGCAGUGCUUUUCUUCAUCGGGAAACCAAACUUUGGUGGGUGUGAAUUGUGA